CAGCAGGUCUGUCAUAUCGUCCAUACCAGGUUCAGAUUCCAUCAGCGGUCACCAAAAUGUUCCACGGCGUGCUUCAACUCAUGACACUCCUCACGCUCAAGCUAGUCUCCGCGUCCUUGUACCCCAUCCAGCCUAUCCAGAACACCGUGUAUUACUCUGGACAGAGUGCUCUAACGAAAUGGAUAGAUGAUGGGACGUAUCCACUGCUUACCGAUAUGGGGGGGAUUACCAUAGAGCUUUAUUGUGAUUCUGACACAUACCUCGCGACGCUCGCUAGGAACGUCACCCCUGGAGCUAUGUCCUGUCAGUUGGAUAUACCUAGGAGUGUUGUAUAUGAUGGCUCGAAUUUCACUCUGCGUUAUAUCACGAAUACCCCAUACGAUAUGAUCAUCUACAGCGCGGACUUUAGGAUCGCGGUCCAAGGCGACUCUCUUCCAACCGCGACACACCUGAAUGCGAGUUCUGUGACGAGCUCUAGUAGUACUACAAGCGAAAAUCUAUUUUUUCAGGCAACCACCACGCCUUCCUCGUCUUCCGGUUCAACGCCAUCGCCAUCUCUAACAAACCUCGCGAUACCCCCCCUCCGUCCAGGCGACGUCGGGAACAUCGAUCAACCCUCUAGGAGCAGACUCGGAAACGCAGCUGGCCGAAUCGAUAUUGAAAAACUCAAGUUUCGGGUGGUGUUUAUCCUUUGGCCUGCCUUGUUGGGCGUUACUAUGGCUCUUUGA